AUGUGCGAGCGGCAGCGAGUGCGCGGGCGGCUGGCGGAGUCCACAGGACGCGGAUGCCCAUGUCCCCGGGUCUAGGUAUGCCCUCUGCUUGUUUAUUAGUUAACCUUCUUUUAGCAUUAUUCAUCAGCUUCACAUCUGGAGAAACAGAAGUAAAGUUUACUGGGCAAACAGAAUUUGUAGUUCAUGAAACUAGUACAACAGUUAUACGUCUUGUUAUUGAAAGAACAGGAGACCCAGCUAACAUCACAGCAAUUGUAUCGAUUUACGGAGAAAACACUGGUGACUUUUUUGACACCUAUGCAGCAACGUACAUACCUGAUACAGAAACAAACAGAACUGUUUAUAUAUCGGUCUGUGAUGAUGAUCUUCCGGAGGCUGAUGAGAUGUUCAUGUUUUACUUGACAUUACAGAAACCAUCUGCAGGAAUAAAGCUUGGGUCACCAAGGUCUGUCACUGUAACAAUCUUAUCAAAUGACAAUGCCUUUGGAAUUAUUUCCUUCAAUAUGUCUGCAUUAAUCACAGUGAAUGAGCCCACAGGUAGAAAUGAAUUUGUGCCUCUGACUCUAAUAAGGGAGAAGGGAACCUAUGGGACUGUGACUGUGACUUUUGAGGUAGAAGGUGGCCCAAACCCAGCUGAAGAAGACUUGAGCCCAGCUAAGGGCAAUAUUACCUUUCCUCCUGGGAGAGCAGUGCUGAUUUAUAAUUUAACAGUGCUCGAUGACCAGAUACCAGAAAAUGAUGAAAUAUUUAAUGUUCAUCUGAGAAGUGUGGAAGGAGGGGCUGAAAUCAAUGCAACAAGAAACACUGUUCAGAUUACUAUUAAGAAAAACGACAGCCCUGUGCGAUUCACUCAGAGUGCUUAUAUCGUGCCCGAGGAGGGUGAUGUGCUAACAAUUCAAGUGGUUCGUGGUAAGGAUGACAGCGGAAAAUUGAUUGGAUCUGAUGAAUAUGAAGUCUCUGUCCGUUACAUCGUCAUAACUGGGAAUUCAACAGCACACGCACAGCUUUAUUUAGACUUCCUAGAUCUGCAACCAAAUAUGACUAUUGUUUUCCCAUCUCAAGUGCAUGAAUCUGACAUGAAAUUUAAAAUCUUCGAUGAUGCCAUACCAGAAAUUGCAGAGACCUUUCAGAUUAUGCUCCUUAACGACACUCUGCAAGGAGAUGCUGUUUUAAUAAGCCCUUCUAUUGUCCAUGUCACCAUUAAACCUAAUGACAAACCCUAUGGAGUACUGUCAAUCAACAGUGUAUUGUUUGAUCAGGUGGUUGUCAUUGAUGAAGACCAAACUUCAAGGUUUGAAGGAAUUACAGUUGCAAGAAAUGGUGGAACACAUGGAAAUGUUUCAGUUACUUGGAUUAUAACUCGUAAUAGCAGUGAUCCUUCACCUGUGACUGCAGACAUCACUCCUGCCUCAGGGGUGUUACAUUUUGCUCAAGGACAGAUGUUGGCAUCACUUCUUCUGAACAUUAUCAAUGAUGAUUUCCCUGAAGAGGCAGAGCCCUAUCUGCUUAGAAUUCUAGCUGAUACAAUACAGGGUGGUGCAGAAGUGAGUGAACCUGCCGAGCUUUUGUUCUACAUUCAGGACAGUGAUGAUAUUUAUGGUCUAAUAGAGUUUUACCCUUUGGAGAACCAGAGGAUUGAAAGCAACCCAAAAGGACGUUUUUUGUCCUUGAGUUUUGCAAGGCAAAGAGGAACAGUCGGAGUUGUGAGGUUGGUUUAUAUUGUCCUGUACGUUCCUGCUGGAACCGUGGAUCUUGAGCGAGCAAAAGAUGACAUCCUAAAUGUUUCAGGAAGAGGCAUCCUCAUCUUUCCGGAAGGGAAACCCCAGGACAUCUUAAAUCUACCAAUAAGAAAUGAUGCAUUUCUUCAAAAUGGUGCCCAUUUCCUCAUACAGAUGGAAAGAGUUGAGCUGGUGAAUAUCAUUCCUCCAAUCCCAUCUGUAAGUCCUAGACUAGGUGCGAUUUGGAAUAUUUCCCUGAGGAUUACUCCUGACAUUGCAAAUGGGGAAAUUGGUUUUACUAGUAAUCUUCCAAUUAUUCUUCACGAGCCAGAGGACUCCAGUGCUACCAUGGUUUCCAUUGCUCUGCAUCGAGAUGGGACUGAUGGACAAGCCACUGUGUUUUGGAGUUUUAAACCUUCUGGCCUCAAUCCAAAAGCAGUAACGUAUGAUGAUCUAAGUCCUUUUAAUGGCUCUGUUUUGUUUUUAUCUGGACAAAGUGACACUUCAAUCAACAUUACUGUCAAAGCCGAUAAUAUCCCUGAAAUGAAUGAAACUGUGACAUUAACCUUGGACAGGGUAGAGACAGAAAGGUUUGUCGUGUACUUUGGGGUCAGUGUGGAAAAUGAGAUCCUUAAAUCUGGAUUUACAAGUUGUGAACUGAUCAUUAUGGAAAAUGAUGAUCCUGGGGGAGUAUUUGAAUUUUCUUCCUCUUCCAGAGGACCCUACACUAUAAAAGAAGGGGAGUCUGUUGAACUAGAAAUUGUCCGCUCCAAGGGGACACUUGUCAAACAGUUUCUGCGCUACACUGUAGAGCCUAGAGACAGCAAUGAGUUCUAUGGAAACACAGGAAUUCUGGAAUUUAAGCCUGGUGAAAGGGAGAUCAUAAUUACCCUGCUAACAAGGAUGGAUGGAAUUCCAGAGCUGGAUGAACUUUAUUCUGUGGUACUCAGUAGCCACAGUGAACUGCCAAGCAAGUUGGGAAGUGCCACAAGGGUCAACGUAACCAUUCUGAAGAACGAUGAUCCACAUGGAGUGAUUCAGUUCCUUGCUGAUGAACUAGCAGUAACAAUAAAUGAAAGUAAAGGAGAAGACGUCUAUGCUGCUGCUUACAGAAUUGUAAGAAACCAAGGAAACUAUGGAAAUGUCAGUGUGUCUUGGGUUGUUGAACCAGUCUCUACCAAUGACAUCUACCCAGUGCAAGGGACAGUUUUCUUUGGAAACCAGGAGUUUUCAAACACGAUAACCAUUUACUCAUUGCCAGAUGAGCUACCUGAAGAAAUGGAAGUGUUCACCAUCAGCCUAGUCAAUACCACUGGGGGAGCCAGAGUUGGAAACACAACCAGCGUAGUUUUACAAAUCACAAGGAACGAUGAUCCCAUAUACUUUUCAGAUCCUGUUGUUGUAAAGGUUCAAGAAGGAGAUUUUGUUCACUUUACAGUCCUAAGGAAUGGAUCUGCUGAUGUAGUCAUUACCGUUUUAUAUGCCACUGUUGAUGGAGGAGCCACUGCUGAAGAGGGAGAUUUCAUUUCCAGUGGAAGGAGUGAAGCUCUUGUGUUUGGUGUUGGGGAAAGAGAACACAAAAUAUCAGUAUUUAUUAGUGAAGAUGAUACCCCUGAAACUGAUGAAACUUUUUACAUCAUCCUCUUUAAUUCUACAGGUGACACCGUAGUCUACAGGGCUGGGAUGGCUACAGUUGUCAUUGAAGCGAAUGAUGACCCGAAUGGCAUUUUCUCUUUGGAACCUUUUGACAAACUGGUGGAAGAAGGCAAGACUAAUGUUUUUUUGAUUGUGAGACAGAGAGGACACUUUGGCAAUGUUUCUUUGACCUGGCAACUCUUUGGGAACGAUUCUGCUUUGGAGCCAGGACAAGAGUUCUAUGAAAUCUAUGGGACGGUGUGGUUCACAGAUGGUGAAGGAUCAAAGCCAGUAACUCUUCAUGCCAUUCCUGAUAAAAUUCCUGAAUUCAAUGAAUUUUAUACCUUAAAGCUGGUGAAUGCCUCAGGUGGGUCUCCAGGCCCUGGUGGCCAGUUAGCUGAAACCAAUCUUGCUGUAAUUGUGAUGAUCCCAUUCAAUGAUGACCCUUUUGGAGUCUUUGUCAUAGACCCAGAGAGCCAGGACCGGGAGAUAGUGGAAGAUGUUCUCUCUGAAGAUGAUAUCUCCUACAUUACAAACUUUACAAUUUGGAGGCAACAGGGUACCUUUGGAGACGUCCGGGUUGGCUGGGAAAUAUUAUCCAGUGUGUUCCCAGCAGGUCUACCACCAAUGAUAGAUUUCUUAUUGCUUGGAUCAUUCUCAAGUUCUGUACAGUCUCAACCUCACAGGAGGCGUCAUCACAGUGGAACAGAUGCUUUGUACUUCAGUGGAAAAGAGGAUGCAUUUGGGACUGUUGACCCUGACUUCCGCUUCAGUUGGGAUAACAUGCUUGCCAACUUUACAUUUUCAGCUUGGGUGAUUCCUAACCCCAACAGUGAUGGGUUUAUAGUAGCAAAGGACAAUUACAAUGGGACCAUAUAUUAUGGUGUGAAAAUCCAAACAAAUGAAUCCCAUGUUUCUGUCAUGCUUCAUUACACAGCACUGGUGUCCAAUAUUACAUAUGUGGCCAAGACAACUAUCAUGAAAUAUGUGAAAGAAAAUACUUGGAUUCAUCUUUUGAUUACUCUGGAGGAUGGCACAAUUGAGUUUUACAUUGAUGGAAAUCCAGUGCCUGGAGGAAUAAAGAGCCUCAAAGGAGCAGCAGUUGUUGAUGGUCCAGGAAUAAUAAGAAUUGGUGCAGGGAUGAAUGGCAGCAGCAGAUAUACAGGAUUGAUGCAGGAUGUGAGGCUUUAUGAGCGUAAACUGAUGCCACUAGAGAUCUAUGAACUUCAUGCCACCCCAGCAAGGACUGAUAUGAACCCCAUUUCUGGAUAUUUAGAGUACCGACAGGGAGAAACUCAUAAGUCAUUCAUUGUGUCUGCAAGAGAUGAUGAUGAGGAGGAAGGAGAGGAGUUAUUCAUACUAAAGCUUGUCUCUGUGCAUGGGGGAGCUCGAAUACCAGAAGAAAACACCAUAGCAAGAUUAAGAGUACAAAAAAGUGACAACGCCAAUGGGCUGUUUGGCUUCACAGGAGCAUGUAUUCCUGAGACUUCUGAUGAAGGUUCCACUAUAUCGUGUGUUGUGGAGCGUACACGGGGGGCUCUGGACUAUGUGUAUAUAUAUUAUGUUAUCUCUCAGAUCGAUUCCACCAGCAUUAAUUACUCUGUUGCUGAUUUUGCAAAUACCAGUGGAACUAUCACAUUCCUUCCUUGGCAGCGAUCAGAGGUCUUAAACUUGCGUGUUCUUGAUGAUGACAUUCCUGAGCUUAAUGAAUAUUUCCGUGUAACAUUAGUGUCUGCAAUUUCUGGAGAUGGAAAACUAGGUUCAACUCCAACCAGUGGAGCAAGCAUAGAUCCAGAGACGGAAACUACAGAUAUCAGCAUCAAAGCCAGUGACCAUCCAUAUGGUUUGCUGCAGUUCUCUAUGGGGUUGCCUCCUUGGCCCCGUGAUAAAAUGAUUCUCCCAGCAACCACUGUGCCCCAUAUUACUGUUAAGGAGGAAAUUGGACACAUUAGGUUAUUGGUAGUUCGUGCACAGGGCCUUCUUGGAACAGUUAUGGUGGAAUACAAAACAGUGUCACUGACAGCAUUCAGUCCUGAAGACUAUCAGAGUAUUGCAGGCACUUUGGAAUUUCAGCCAGGAGAAAGAUACAAGUAUAUUACUGUUAACAUCACAGAUAAUUCUGUCCCUGAACUGGAAAAAGCUUUUAAGGUUGAGCUACUGAACCCAGAGGGAGGAGUUGCUGAACUCUUUAGAAAUGAUGGGAGUGGUAGUGGUGACGGGGACUUGGAGUUCUUCCUGCCUGCUGUCCAUCAACAUGCCAGCCUGGGAAUAGCAUCCCACAUCAUAGUGACCAUUGAUGCCUCUGAUGAUGCUCAUGGUGUGUUUGAGUUCAGCGCUGAAUCGCUCUUGGUCAGUGGGACAGAACCUGAGGAUGGAGACAGUGUAAUUGUGCUUCAGGUUGUCCGAAAUCAGGGGGCCUUGUCCUGUGUCACUUUGCAGUGGAUCAUAGUCUGUGAUCCUACUGAAGAUCUGAUCUCCACCUAUGGCAAUAUAACUUUUGAUAUAGGGCAAAGAAGAGCAAACAUAACAGUGCAAGUCUCACCUGAUGAGUAUCCUGAACUGGAUAAGAUGUUUUCUGUUUUGAUCAUCAAUGUUUCCAGUGGUCGUCUUGGAAUUCGUACUAAUGCUACAUUAACUGUUCUAGCUAAUGAUGAUCCAUAUGGAAUUUUCAUCUUUUCUGAGAAAAAUAGACCAAUCAAAGUUGAGGAAGAAACCAAAAACAUCACCCUAACAAUAGUACGAUUAAGUGGUCUCCUGGGUACAGUCAUGGUAACAUACAGAUCCGUGGGUGAUGAUGAAAAGUCACCCUAUCUGAAAUCAGAUAUUGCCAGAGCAACACAGGAAAGAGACUAUAUACCCAUUUUUGGAUUUGUGAUCUUCAGAGCCAAUAAAAGUGAGGCUAGCAUAACUCUUCCUAUUUUAGAUGAUAAGGAUCCAGAGAGAUCAGAAUCUGUGUUUGUGGAGCUACUCAAUAUUGCUUUGAUGGAAAGAGUGCAGGAUAGACCAAUUAUGAAUUCUCCUCGCCUUGGACCUAAGGGUGAUACAGUAGCUCAUAUAAUUAUCAAUGCCAAUGAUGAUGCUUUUGGAACACUUCAGCUCUCCACUCCAGCUGUGCGAGUUGCUGAAAACUACAUUGGACCGAUCAUCAAUGUGACCAGAGCAGGAGGAAUAUUUGCAGAUGUUUCUGUGAAGUUUAAAGCUGUGCCAAUAACUGCAACAGCUGGUGAAGACUACAGUGUAGCCUCAUCAGAUGUUGUCUUACUAGAAGGGGAAACCAGUAAAGCGGUGCCAAUUUAUAUCAUUAAUGAUAUCAACCCUGAAGAUGAAGAAAUCUUUCAUGUGCAGCUGCUGAAUCACACAACAGGAGGAGCCUUGCUUGGAGCAUUGACUCAAUCAGUCAUUACCAUUGAGGCCUCUGAUGAUCCAUUUGGAUCUUUUGUUUUUCAGGUCAAUGAACUCACUGUGGAAGAGCCAGAGUUCAAUUCGGUAAUGGUAAAUUUGCCAGUAAUCCGUAAUGCUGGGACACUUGGCAAUGUUACCAUUCAGUGGAUUGCCACCAUUAAUGGACAGCUUGCUACGGGUGACUUGCGUGUUAUCUCUGGUAAUGUUACCUUUGCCCCUGGGGAAACCAUUCAGACGCUGUUGUUAGAGAUCCUGGCUGAUGAUGAUCCAGAAAUCCAAGAGGUUAUCCAUGUGCAAUUAACCCAGGCCUCGAAUGGAGGUGCUAUUGGGUUAGAUGGCAUGGCAAAUAUUAUAAUACCUGCCAAUGAUAAUCCUUAUGGAACAGUCUGUUUUCAUCAUGCCUUGUACCGAAUUCAGGAGCCACUGGAAAGAAGUUCAUUUGCAAACAUAACUGUCAAGAGAAGUGAGGGAAGAUUUGGUGAACUGCAGGUGUUCUACAGUACUUCUGAGGUUGAUGUAGUAGCUCUUGCAAUAGAGCAAGGCCAAGAUAUGCUGUCCUACUAUGAAUUUCCUGUGCAAGGAAUUCCUAACCAGCUGUCAAGGACUAAAGUGAAUGUCUCAACAGCAAGUGAUCCAUUACACACCUGUGCAAUUCAGUGCCUAAAAGAACAAGCAUGUUUCGCCUUUACAUUCUCUAGUGCCUCUGGGUUUCCUUUGUGUUUUUGGCUGACAUCAUGGAUCAGCCAAGUAACCAAUAACUCAGGAUUCUGGACCUACAAGAAAAAUGUCACCAGUGUGUCCUCUCUUUUUGGUGCACAAGCCAUUGCUGGCAGUGACUAUGAAUCAGUUACAGGUCAAUGGGCCAUAAUGCUGGAAGGGGAACAGUUUGCAAAUCUCACAGUUACCGUACUUCCUGACAAUUUGCCAGAGUUGGAUGAGAAGUUUACUGUAUCCCUUUUGAAGGUUGAACUGAUGAACACCUCAGCCAGCUUAAAAAACCAGCCAAUGAUAGGAAAGCCAAAUACCUCCACAGUUGUCAUAACGAUGAAUGGAGAUGCCUUUGGAGUGUUUGUGAUCUACUGUGUAAAUCUCAAUGCAACAGAGAAAGGUCUAUAUGUGGAAGUUGAAGAACGUCUUCAGACCAAUGUGCAGCUUAUGAUACACAGAACAGAAGGCAGCCUGGGACAGGUGACAGUGGAAUGGAGUGUGAUUGGUGGAACAGCUACCCAAAACUUGGAUUUUGUAGGUGGUGGUGAGAUUCUGGUGUUUGCUGAAGGUGAAACUAAAAAGAUGGUCACAUUGACCAUUUUAGAUGAUCCAGAGCCAGAGGAUAAUGAAAAUAUUAUAAUCAGCCUGACCCACACUGAAGGAGGAAGUCGUAUUCUUCCUAGCUCAGACACUGUCACUGUGGUUAUUCUGGCUAAUGACAAUGUGGCAGGAGUUAUUAGCUUUCAGACAGCCUCAAGAUCUGUUAUUGGUCAUGAAGGAGAAGAAUUGCAGUUCCACAUCCUAAGAACUGCUCCUGGACUGGGAAAUGUUACUGUUAAUUGGAAAAUUGUUGGACAUCGCCUAGAUCAAACCUUUGAAAACUAUUCUGGAGUACUUUUCUUUCCCGAGGAGUCAUUGAAUCUAACAUUCUGUGUUCAUCUGCUGGAUGACCAUAUUCCUGAAGAAAAGGAAGGAUACCAAGUAGUCCUAUUCGACAUCAGAACUCAAGGCGUUUCUUCAAUGGGUGCUGCUGUCCUGGAUAGCCAAGGGUAUGAAGCUGUUUUGACAAUAGAGGCCAGUGAUGAACCACAUGGAGUUUUGAACUUUGCUUCUUCAUCCAGGAUGGUUUUGAUCCAAGAGGCAAACAAAACUAUUCAACUUUUCAUCAGCAGAGAAUUUGGAUCUUUAGGUGUUAUCAAUGUUACAUAUGCAACAGUGCCAGGAUUGCUCAGAGUAAGGAAUCAGACAGAAGGGACCUUGGCUGAACCAGGAGUUGAUUACAUACCUGUGUCUGGUUGGCUGCUUUUAGGGGAAGGAGAAACAUCAGCUUCUAUAAAUGUUACUAUUCUAGAGGAUGAUAUACCAGAAGUGCAAGAAUUCUUCCUGAUUAAUUUAACAUCUGUUGAAAUUGUCAUGAAUCCUUUGAUGUCAUUCCCUCCCAGACUGGAUGCAGAAGGCUUGGCAGCUCAGAUUAUUAUAGAUGCUAAUGAUGGAGUGAGAGGAGUAAUUGAAUGGCAGAAUACCAAUUUUGAAAUAGAUGAAAUCCAUGGGGGUCUGACAUUAGUAGCAUACCGUAACAGAGGAUCUUCUGGCAAUGUGUCAUUGUUUUUCUAUGCCCAGAAUCUAGAAGCAAAACUGGGACUGGAUUUUAAUGUGACGCCAAGGAUGCUCUCUUUUGCUGAUGGAGAAAGGUAUAAAUACAUUGACGUCAUGAUUUUUGAUGAUGAUAUUCCUGAAGGUGAUGAGAAAUUCCAGUUAAUUUUAACAAAUCCCUCCUUGGGGCUGGAACUAGGAGAGAACACAACGGCCACAGUUACCAUCCUUGCCAGUGAUGAUGGUCAUGGAGUUUUGUCAUUCAACAACAGCGAUCACUUUUUCCUAAGGGAGCAGUCAGCUCUCCACUUGAUGGAAAGUGUUGCUGUACUGAACAUUAUUAGAGAACCUCCCCAGGGGAUAUUUGGCACUGUGACUGUUCAAUAUCUUGUGAGAGAAAUAAAUUCUUCAGCUGCAUCAGUGGAUCUGACCCCUUCACAAGGAUAUAUCAUACUGGAAGAGGGAGUCAGAUUCAAGACUCUGCACAUUUCUGCCAUACUAGAUGAAGAACCAGAAAUGGAUGAACAUUUUAUUGUCACUCUCUUCAGCCCAAUGGGAGGAGCCAGACUUGGCACAAGAGUGGAAACUAUGAUCACGGUGUUACAGAACCAGGCCCCAUUGGGGCUUUUUAGUAUCUAUCCAGUUACAAAUAGGACAAGUUCUCUGAUAGUUGAAGAAGCUAACAGUACCCUUUAUUUGAAAGUAUCCCGAAGUCAUGGGCUCAAUAUGUCUGUGAGUGUGGAGUGGGAGACCCUGUCCAAUACUGCAUUCGGCAUAAAGGGUGGUAUCAGUGUGCUGUCUGUCUUACAAAGUUUUGUGGAAGAGUCAGUAUCUAGCUGGUGUUUCUUUACAUCAGGAGAGUCUUUAUAUGGUGUUCUAUUGCGGACCUCACCAGCUAGCUUUUCUUCUAUCUAUCAGUGGAGAGGAGUUUUUGUUCCCAUUGAGGACUUCAGUAUAUGGAAUCCUCAGAGCUGUGUGACAUUUCACAUCAAUGGUGCUGCCUUUCUAGUGAUUACUCAUGGAGUAUCCAAACAAGAAUCUUCCAACCAUCGUGUGUAUACAUUCACACCUGGACUCAGGGUACUACUGAUACAGACUCUCUCAGUGCCAGAAACCAGAGAUGUAAAACACUUCACUGUUGAAAGAAAAGAUUAUUUAAUUAUUGCAAGUCAUACAACUGACUCCAAAUCCAUACAGGUUUUCCAGUGGAAUAAUGGCCUUUUUAUAUUGCAUCAUCAACUCCCAAUUUAUGGAGCUCUGCACAUGGCCCUAUUUCCCAGAGGAGGUUUUAUGUACCUAGCAGUUUCUCUGUCGAAUUCAAGCCUGCACCCCCUUCUGUACCAAUGGUCAGAUAAUGAGUUUCAAAAACUUCAUCAAGUGCCAGUAAAUGGAACAACUCACAUGGAGGCCUUGACUUUUGGGUCUGAUAUCUAUUUAAUAGUUGCAAAAGAAUCCAGUAAUUCAAGUGAAGUUUUUGUCUGGGAGACAGGACAGUCUUCCUUCAGGCAUUUUCAGUCCCUUUCUUCUAGCGCUAUAAACAAAAUCCACACCUUCAUGCCUCCUUCGGGUUUAGUCCAUGUGCUACUAGCUGGUAAGGAUAGAUCAGCACUGUAUUCCUGGAAUUCAGAAGUAAACCAGUUCUCUCUCGUGCUGGAAGCACCUCCUGCUAAUCAUAUCACUUCAGUUACUAUGAGAUCACUUAACUCCAACAAAAGUCUAAUUGUUCUGUCCGGAGAUUCUUACUCCCAGAUUUAUGAACUGACCAAAGUCUCCAAUGAGUCAGAUUUUAUACCUAGUUCAGGUGAAUUGAUAUUUGAUCCUGGAGACAUGGAAGUUGUGCUGGCAGUUAAUAUCCUUGAUGAUGUAAUCCCAGAAGAAGAAGAAUUUUUCACAGUGUGGCUGAAAAACCCCAAAGGAGGUGCAGAGAUUGGUGCUAGUGGUUAUGUUAACAUAAUUAUUCCAUCUAAUGACAAUGCUCAUGGAGUCAUUGCAUUUGCUCAGAAUUCUUUAUCUAAGCAAGUUGAAGAAAUGGAACAAGACAACUUAAUCACCUUGAAUAUUGAACGUUUAAUAGGAAUGUAUGGCCGAGUUACAGUACAGUGGAUAGCCAAUGGGAGCAUUAAUGAUAUAUUUCCAGCAUCAGGAAUGAUAACAUUUUCAGAAGGUCAGGCCCUGUCCACAAUCACCCUGACUGUUCUUGCGGACAACAUUGCAGAGCUUUCUGAAACUGUUGUUAUAACAUUCACCCAUGUCACUACUGUGGGUAUUAAGGAUCCCAUGAGAGGAGCCAUCAUAGACCCUAAGAGAGCACGAGCUGUGCUUACCAUUUUGCCUAAUGAUUCUCCCUACGGUGUAGUUGGCUGGCAUACGGACUCUCUCUUUGCUAAAGUAGCAGAGCCUGAAGAGAAUCCUACUAUUGUUACUUUACAAAUUCUUCGAGAACAAGGAUUUGUUGGAGAUAUUGCAGUACAGUUGAGCGCCAAACCUAAUUUUGCCCUUCAGCCUUUCAACCAAGCCACGGAGAAUAAGGAUUAUGUGAUAGAAAAAGAAACAAUAAUUAUGGCAGAGAACACAAUCACGACUUACGUUAUAGUCACCAUUUUGCCUGAUAAUGUUCCAGAAUUACUGGAAGGAUUUGUAGUCAAUAUUACUGAUGUGCAUCUGGUAGAUUCUUCUCUUGCUGAAGGGCAGCCAAGUGUGAAGAGACUUGGGUUAGAAAUAGCUGAGGUAACAAUUGAAGAGAAUGAUGACCCCAGAGGAAUAUUUAGUUUCAAUGUUGUGAAGGAUUUUAGUGGCGCAGUUGCUGGUUAUGAGGUGCCUCCACCACAGAAUAUACUGAAGCUGCCAGUUGUUCGGAAGGCUGGGAGGUUUGGGUCAGUAAAACUAUACUGGGAAGCCAUGCCUGCCAGCGCUAGCGUGGAAGACUUUACGCCAUCAUUUGGAAACCUUACAUUUGCAGAUGGACAAGCUGCAGGGGUGAUAGAGAUCACAAUCAUAGAUGACACUGCAAUAGAAUUUUUAGAGCUGUUCAACGUCACUUUAAUCAGGGUGACAGGUGGUGCCAGACUUGGGGAUGACACCGUGGUGACUGUCACUAUUCCACCAAAUGACUCUCCUGUUGGCGUGUUUGGGUUCGAAGAAAAGAAUGUGACAGUUAAGGAGCCCCAGUCACCUGGAGACUCUGCUGCAACUGUGUUGCUGACUGUGAGUCGGAGUCAAGGAGGACGGGGGGCAGUCCGAAUGAUAUGGAUUUUGGAGGAGGCAGCUAGAUAUGAUCUCACUCCUCUGAAUGGAACUCUUUACUUUAAUGAGACUGAAUCCCAGAAGACAGUUGUUUUACGAGCAAUACAAGAUGGCCUACUGGAGGGGAAUGAAAUGUAUACCAUCCAGCUGGUGUCUACUGAUAAUGCAGAGAUAUCCCCAAUAAACGGUCUGGCAACCAUCAUUAUUCUGGGGGAUCAGGGAGCUUCUGGGGUGGUUGGGAUAGCUUCAUCUUCCAACCAUAUUUUCAUUGGGGAACCCUCAGGAAAGUAUAAUGGAACUGCUUUUAUUAGCCUAGUACGUGGCCCAGGGAUUUUUGGGGAGGUCACUGUGUACUGGAAUAUAACUCCCCCUCUACAGAAGGAAUUUGCUGAGAUAUCAGGGACCUUGACAAUGCGAGAUAGGCAGUCUGCAGCUGUUAUACUAAUACAGGCUAUAGAUGAUAACCUUCCUGAAGAGAAGAGUUACUACCAGUUUCAUCUAUCUAGAGUCAGUGAUGGAGGAGUCAUAAAUGAGUCUACUAGCAUAGCAAAUAUCACCAUGGUUGCUAGUGACUUCCCCUAUGGGCAAUUUGCAUUUUCACAGGAAACUCUUCAGACAACAGAAGAAGAAAAAUCGGUUAACAUCACUAUUGUCCGUUCCAGUGGGUAUUAUGGUCGAGUGCAACUCUGCUAUUGGAUAUUAAAUGGGACUGCAGAGGAGAGCAUGGAUUUCACUUCCUCGUCAGGGGAGCUUAUGUUUGAGCCAGAUGAGACUACUCAAAGGAUUUCAGUUGAAAUCCAUGAUGAUGACCUUCCUGAAGGUCCUGAAGAAUUUUCAAUAACUAUUACCAAAGUAGAGCUCCAGGGAAGUGGAUUUGAUUUUGCUGUUAGAGAAAAUGGACUGCAAGUGGACCAGCCCCCUGGGAUAGGAAACAUCUCCACAGUUCACAUCAUUAUAACGAAAAAUGACAAUGCAGAGGGCAUCAUUGAGUUUGAUCCGUGGUAUAUCACUCUGCAAGUGGAAGAGGAUGUUGGAAUGAUCAUGAUUCCUGUAGUGAGAAAGCGUGGAACUCAUGGCUAUGUGACAGCUGAUUUUCUCUCUCAAAGUAUUUCUGCACUUCCUAAUGGUAUUGACUACAGUGUCAAUAAUAACUCAGUCAUCUUUCAUCAUGGCCAGAACCAGAGUUUUAUCAGUGUCUCUAUUACAGAUGAUGAUGAAAGGGAGUUUGCAGAGCAGUUUGAAAUCCAGCUGAUAGGAGCCACCGGAGGAGCAGUCCUUGGGCUCCACCUAGUGAGUCAAAUCACUAUUGCUAAGAGCGACUCCCCUAAUGGACUUGUCCGAUUCCUCAACCAAAGCCGAAUUAUUGUUCCAAACCCCAGUUCCUUGCUGACACUGUCCUUGGUGCUGGAAAGAACUGGAGGAUUGAUAGGAGAAACUCAGAUUAAUUGGGACAUUUUAGGACCCAAUUCAGAAGAGGCAUUGUCCCCCCUGAGCAGUGACAUUGGUGACCCUGUGAAUGGAUCAUUCUAUUUUAGAGAAGGAGAAGGAGGUCUGAGAACUAUUAGUCUGAAAAUCUACCCUCAUGGAGAAGUUGAAGUUCAGGAGAUCUUCAUUAUUAGGCUGAGCCUUGUGAAAGGUGAAACAGAAAUAGACCCCAAGGCUACCAACAUUACCCUAAUAAUACAGAAGUUUGGUGAUCCCAAUGGAAUUGUGCAGUUUGCUCCUGAAUCAUUAUCUAGUAAGCACUAUGAGGAGCCAUCAGUCUUGGAAGGGCCAGAGAAUAUUACACUUUUCAUCAAACGAGUCCAAGGCACUCUGGGGAACAUAAUGGUUCACUGGAAGCUGAGUAGUGAUUCUGAUACUACAGGUGACUUCCUUGCAACAGGGGGUUCUGUCUCCAUUGCUGAAAAUCAGAGUGCAGCGGAGAUCAUUAUUCAUCUGUUACCAGAUGAUGUUCCAGAAGUAGAUGAGAAUUAUGUGGUAGAGCUGGUUUCAGUGGAAGGAGGAGCAGAUUUGGAUCAGGACAAGAGAGUUUUGAGAUUCACUGUGUUAGCAAACGAUGACCCCCAUGGAGUGUUUGCCUUGUACUCUGAUAGGCAGUCCGUAUUGAUAGAGAGAGACUUGAGCCGGCACAUUCAGAUGAAUAUAACUCGAUAUUCUGGGACAUUCGGAGAUGUGAGUGUUGAGUACCGAAUCUCAUCUCAUCAUGAAGAACCAGUAAUCACUCCUGAGAAUACAGUGGGAUGUCUGCUGGUGAAAGAUGGUGCCAGCUUUGGUGUGAAGAGAGUGCCAAUAAGUAGCCAGGUGUUUCUCUUACUGGGCUUGAAUUUCACUCUGGAACUGACCAAUGCAAGCCUGAUCAAUGGAAGUGCCAAUUAUAUGCCUAAAAUAAUAUUAGGAAGAGCAAAAUCAGCUACUCUGUCCAUUCCGGAGGAAGCUGCGAAUUCUCAGGUUGGCUUUGAGUCUCUCAUUUUACAACUUACAAACAUUAUAGAAGGGACAGGCGAAGCUGUGAUAACCAGAAAAGGAGUGUAUGGCUCUGUAACAGUUAGCUGGACUUCUGGAUACCCACUUGAUUUAAUUCCAGAGUUUGUUCAUCCAGGCAACAUUACACCUGGAUUUGGUAAUGUUACAUUUUCUUAUGGCGAACAAAACAAAGUAAUUUCAUUUCAUGUUAUUCCAAGCUUAAGUAGACGGGAGGCAUUUGCUAUCCAUCUAACAUCAGUGUACAGCAAUGUGUCUGGUGGAGCUUACCUGAGGUCAGGAUUCACAGUAGCUGAAAUUGAGCCAAUGGGUGUCUUCCAGUUUUCUCCUAACUCAAGACAUGUUUCAGUUGAAGAAGAUGUGCAGAUGAUCAGAUUGCAUGUCCAAAGAUUGUUUGGGUUCCAAAGCAACCUCACUAAAUUGACCUAUCAGACUAUUGCAGGAAGUGCCAAACCUUUAGAAGACUUUGAACCUGUUCAAAAUGGAGAGCUUGUGUUUGGACAUUUUCAGGCAGAGGCUGUAGUUGAAAUAUCCAUCGUUGAUGACACAAUUUCUGAGAUGGAUGAAGUAUUUUUUGUAAAGUUAACUUCAGUUGAAGUUUUGGCCAUUGAAAAAUUUAAUCCUAAUAGGAAUCCACGUUUGAAUCCAGAUCUUAGUGUUGCAGCAGUUACGGUAUUAGACAAUGAUAAUGUUCACGGAAUCAUCAGUCUUGGGCCAGGAUUUAUUUAUACUGAGGAAGACACAAACAACAGUACACCCAACACAGUGAUACUUAAUAUCAGAAGAACCCAGGGCUUUGCUGGUGAUGUCAAAGUAACUGUUAAAACCUUUGGUGGAGUGAGUGCACAGAGUGGGAUCAAUGAAUUUCCUUUUGAGAAUGUGUAUGGAAAUUCUAACCUGACAUGGGCAACUGAAGGGAUGGACUUUGAGGAACAGAUUAUAUCUGUGACACUGCUGGAUAGAGAGAAAGAAAGCAAAAUGUCUAUCAGAAUUCUUGAUGAUGAUGAGCCUGAAGGGCAAGAAUUCUUCUAUGUUUUCCUCUCAGACCCUCAAGGUGGAGCUCAGAUUGUGGAGGGAAAGGAUGAAUAUGGGUUUUCAGCUUUUGCAACAAUAAUUAUCACAGGGAAUGAUCUUCAAAAUGGCAUUUUGGGAUUCAGUGCAGAGGUACAAAGUGGCCUUGUGCUUGAUGAAGAUUCUGAAAGCAGGGAGGUGCAGCUGAUAGUCACAAGGCAACCAAACAGGGCUUUUGAAGAUGUGAAGAUCUUUUGGCGGGUGACCUUUAAUAAAACAUCUGUUGUCCUUCAGAAGGAUGGAGUAAACCUAGCAAAUGAGCUGUUGGCUGUGUUAGGGGUUACCACCUGCAUGGCAGGUCAAACAAUAUGCAACAUCUCCGUUGGAAUAAAACCUGAUAAUGUACCUGAAUUUGAAACUUAUUUUUUGGUUGAGUUGUAUGAAGUAAGCUCAGGAGCAACAUUAAACAGCAGUGCCAGAUUUGCCUACAUAACUGUUCCAGAAAAUGAUUCUCCUCGUGGCCUGCUAUAUUUUGCUGUGGGAUCUCGUCUGGCUGUGGCUAAUAAAAAGACGACUUUAAUCAGUUUGCAGGUGGUUAGAGACUCCAGUACAGCGUUAACCAUCUCAGUUAGUUAUAAUAUGCAGGAGCUGAAAAGACCUGAAGCUGUUGGUCGUACCUUCAUAUCACCAGCUAUUUCAGGACAGGAUUUUGCCAGAUCUGAGGGCGUACUGACUUUUGAACCUGGACAGAGAAAUGCUGUAGUGGAUGUAACACUGACUCCAGAGAUAGGAUCCUUACAUCCAUUUCCUAAGCGUUUCCAGGUUGUGCUUUCUAACCCCACAGGGGGUGCCAGAGUAGAUGAUGCAUAUGGUAUUGCCAACAUCACAAUUGUCUCAGAUUCAGAUGCCCAAUCAGUCUGGGGGCUGGCUGACCAACUGUACCAGCCACUUGAUGAUAUCAUUUUGAACAGGGUCCUCCAGAGCUUAAAUGUCAAAAUUUCCACAGAAACUACGGAAGAACAGCUCACUGCUGUGAUGCACAUAAUAGAUAAGGUAAUGGUUGAAGGUGAAAAACAGAUGCUCACUGAUAAAAGCCGAAAUCUUUUCUAUGAGAUACUCUGUGCUCUUGCUAGCCCAAAGCGCAAGGAUACACAGGGCUACAGUCUGCUUGCUGAAGUUACUGAGAAAUUUGCCUUUUCCCUCGCGACUGGAGUAAAAUGUGGAUCACCUGGUGAAAAAGGCAAAACCAUCCUUGACAGCUGCCCGUACAUUGCAAUAAUGGCCCACCACUGGUACCCUCAGCAAAUCAAUGGACACAAAUUUGAUGGAAAAGAUGGGGAUUCAAUCAGAUUUCCUGAGCGCUUGUUAGAGGUCUCCAUUGCCUCCUCCCCUCCUAGAGAUGAGAACUGUAAAUUUGUACAGUUUACAGAAUACAGCAGCCAACAAUGGUUUAUAACUGGUGAAAAAAGAACUGCUCUAAAAAACAAGAUUUUUUCAAUGAGUUUGAAGGGUCAGAGUUCAUAUCCACUGAAAGACAACAAUGAAGUUAUCUACCGGAUUUAUUCUGCAGACAGUCGGAUUGUUCCACAUAAAUCUCUGUGCCUCCUUUGGAAUCAGGCUGCAGAAAGCUGGUUGUCUGAUAGUCAGUUCUGCAAAGUGGUUGAUGACACUUCAGACUACGUACAAUGCUCCUGUUCUCACAUGUCCAUUUACGCUGUGUAUGCCCAGACAGACAACUUGUCCUCAUACAAUGAAGCUUUUUUCUCUUCUGGAUUCAUCUGUAUUUCAGGUUUCACUUUGGCAAUUCUUUCACAUCUUUUCUGUGCCAGGUGUUCCAUGUUUGCAGCUAAACUUCUUACUCAUAUGAUGGUUGCCUGUUUGGGUUCUCAGAUUUCGUUUCUUGCCUCAGCUUACAUAAGUCAGGAGCUCUCAGAGGAAAGCUGCUCUGCCCUGGGAUCUAUUACACAUUACCUUUACCUUUGCCAGUUUAGCUGGAUGCUCGUUCAGGCUAUUAAUUUCUGGUAUGUCCUGGUGAUGAAUGAUGAACACACACAGCGGCGCUAUCUGCUUUUCUUCCUUUUGAGUUGGGGACUUCCAGCUUUCGUUGUGAUUCUGCUAUUAAUUAUCCUGCGAGGGGUCUAUCAUCAGAGCAUGGCACAGAUAUAUGGCCUGGUCUAUGGCGAUCUAUGCUUUAUUCCAAAUGUCUAUGCUGCCCUCUUCACUGCUGCUCUCGUACCAUUAAUGUGCCUGGUGGUGGUAUUUGUGGUAUUCAUCCAUGCCUACCAAGUGACUCCCCAGUGGAAAGCAUAUGAUGAUAUUUUCAGAGGAAGAACCAAUGCUGCAGAGAUCCCACUGGUCUUAUACCUGUUUGCCCUGAUUUCCAUUACAUGGCUUUGGGGAGGACUGCACAUGGCUUACAGGCACCUCUGGAUGUUAGUCUUCUUUGUUAUCUUCAACAGCCUGCAGGGUCUUUACGUCUUUGUGGUGUAUUUUAUCCUACACAACCAGCUUUGUUGCCCUGUGAAAGCAAGUUACACCAUAGAUAUGAAUGGACACACAAGCCCAGGCUCCGCCUUCUUCACACAUGGCAGUGGGAUGCCCCCAGCAGGAGGAGAGAUCAGCAAGUCUACUCAGAACCUGAUCAGUGCUAUAGAAGAGGUGCCAGCAGACUGGGAGAGGGCAUCCUUGCGGCCAACUAGUCAGGCCAGUGCUACUUUUAAGCAGAGCCCGCAAAAUGGGCAUGCUUUCAACACUUCUGGAGGAUUUAGUAACAGCUCAUUGGUGUCUGAUGAGGAAUCACAAGAGUUUGAUGACUUAAUCUUUGCUUUAAAAACUGGUGCAGGCCUCAAUAUCAGUGAUAAUGAUUCCUACCAUGGCAGCCAGGAUGGAGGCAGCAUGGCUAACUCCCAGAUUGUAGAACUUAGAAGAAUACCCAUAGCAGACACUCACCUCUAACGCCAUUGGUUGUUUUUUUUAAAAUUCAAAUCUCCAUAUUUUUAUAUUUUUAUUUCCUUUUGCACUAAAACACUACAUGCAGCUGUGUGGUAGAAUGCUGUGAGCUGUACUGGAUGAUUAACAAAGAAUGGUAGGUUUUCUUUUUAUAUGUCAGAAAAUAUCCUGUACAUUUUUACAGUGACUGAGCAUCAACAGAUUCAAUGGAAGUUGGCCCAGAUUUGUAUCCUCUAAGUGGAUGCACAUAUUCCAUGAAGUGUAGAUUUUUUUUAAUUACCCUGUAUGUGUAACACCAUUUAAUAAACCCAGUAGAGUUCAUUUGAUAUAAACAUGUCUGUCAUUAUUUGUGUCUGAGCACUGUCCAAGUGAAAAAUAAUAUUUCUGGAACUGGAAGUUGAGGUGGUUAAUUAUAGUUGAGCAGGAGAGGAUUUUAAUGACAGAGUCUCUCCCUGUAACAUGUUCUUUGGUUUUUGAGAGCUAACAACUGUGAACUUCACAGAAGCAAGUAAAGACACAAUACUUGCUCCAGAGAUCUUACAAUAUAAAUUCUGACAUGACACAACAUGUGAGGGUCAGAAACAAACAGAAGGGAAGGAGAGAUAAAGGCCAGUUAUAAGAUCACUCAGUUACUCAGUAGGUCUAUGCAUAUCUUGAGGGUUCUGUUACACUGUUGUUGGGUUUGUUUUGUUGUAUGUUCAUUUGUUCAUUUUGUUCAUUUUAAUUUGAAAUAGUGCAUUUUAUAAUUGCAUUUUGCGUAACUGAGCGACAUCAGAGACCUUUGACAGUCAAACUGUCUUUAAGAAGGUUGUCUGGGAUCUUUUACUAAAGUGUAACCUUUAUAGUUUGUUCCUAAAUAAAAAAUAAAUAAAUCAGUUGUUAUAAUG